UAUGCCCCGUAUUCAUGGGAAACAUUUGUUGAGCAACAAAGUUGAAUCAACGUGUUGCGGAGUUGCUGUCAACAUGUUGCUGGCAACACUGCGUGUUGCAGAGUUGACAGCAUCAUGUUGACAAGCUCUCGCCCGACAAGCGUAAACAUCAGUUUAGCGACAAUUGUUGACGUGUGUGGACGAGUUUGCAACAGUUUAUAAACAUGGCAGUAGUGUGGAGCAAUGAUAAAAUAAUGCAAUUAAUAGAAUUAUUUCAAUCAAAACCAUUAUUAUGGGAUUGUUCUAUAAAACAAUACAAAGAUAGAAACAAAAAGAACGAUGCAUUCGAAGAAAUUUCUCAAGUCCUAAAUAUACCCAAAAAAGACGUAGAAACUAAAAUACAUGUACUGCGUACUCAAUUUACUAGAGAGAAAAAAAAGAUGUCGGCAAAAAAAACUACAGGCAGCGGCGCAAUAGAAAAAUGUAAAUGGAUUUAUUACGAGCCAUUGGAAUUUUUGUUAUGUGGUGCAACUACUUCUGGUGAAACGGAUACUAUGAAUAAAACAGUAGAUGAAAACAAUGCACUUGAAAGUGGUAUGGAGUCAGAGCCAUCUCAAUCACCAAGGCCGAAUGCUACAACAUCUACAUCUUCGAGGAAAAGAAAUAAGACAGAUGAAUCAAAUGAAAUAUUAGAGGUUUUGAAAAGUGCUAAAAAAAAGAUGGAUGAAAGGGAGAAGAAGGAUCCAUUUGAUAUAUAUGGUGAAUAUAUUGCUGCUGAAUUAAGAAGUGUUAAAGAUGACCAAGCCGUGACACAGGCAAAGUACCAUAUUAAUAAUAUACUGUAUGAAUUAAAAAUGGGACGAUAUAAUACAUAUGGAUAUCAAACGGCAUCUUCUCAUCCAUCAUCAACACCAAAUAAUGUUCAGGAAACUGAAAUAAGGGAAAUUGAGAGACACGAAACAAAUAGACUAGAUGCAUUACGAGACGAAACAGAAGAUUCGGCUAUACUAAACUUAGUUAACUAUCUCAGUGAUGAAUCAACGCAAUAGCAUACACUGUUUUUUUUUUGUGUUUUUUAAUUAAUAAAAUACUUGAUUACACAAAUAGUGUUCUUGUACCUUGACAUAUCCUGCUAGUGAGUUAAUUAGUUCUUGACAUACAUCUGGUAUAAUUUUGCUAAUCAAUUGUUUUGAUACUCUGAAUGUGUAUGAAAGAGAACUGUAUGAAUCUCCAGUUGCAAGAUACCGUAAUGUAAUAGCCAGCCUCGUUUGAGGUGAAACUGGCUGACGAAUAUUUGUUUCCCUUUUGGCUAUUGAUGGACCAAUCAUUUCUAGAAGAUGUUCGAAAUCACUUUUCGACAUUCUCGUAAAGUUACAAAAUGAUCCAUCUGUCAUUCUGAGGUCACUCAUCAAAUUUUCUCUUUGCAAAAGAUAAUUUCGAAUCCACCAUCUUUUUCUCUUUUUUUUAUUAGAGAUUCUAUACAUCUGAUACAGAGAACACAACAACACUACCUCCUCGGGCAACAUUUUAACGCAGACUGGCGUGUGGACAACCUGUAUUGAUUUAAACAUAGUUGCUAGCAACAUUCUCGCCGCUCACCAACAAUGUUUAGCAACUGUUGCUAAACAAAUGUUUACCAUGAAUACGGGGCAUUA